GCCGCUCCGGCCACCGCGGGGGGAGCAGCGCGGGGGGCCCGCCGGCCGCGGCGGCGCGAUGCUGCUCUUCGUGGAGGAAGGGGUCUGGAGGAGGGAAAAUUUCCCUUUCUGGUGAAAGGGGACUGGAGCAUUAUGACAGUCAAGUCUUUAAAAGCUUAUGAGUUCCCAGAGUCCUGGCCGGUAGCCGCUGCCUCCGCUGAUGUUGUCGGAUGUCAAUAGAGAGAGGUUGAAGGCAACACUUCUAAUGGAGCAGGUGACAUCGAAGGGGGCUGGCUUGAACCCCAACGCCAAAGUGUGGCAAGAAGUCCCCCAGGGGAGCGGUGAGGCCGUGCCCCCCUCCAAUGGCACCACCGAGCACACGUGGCAGGAGACGGCGGCGGCCCCGGGGACUCCGGCCGAGGGUACCAUAGAGCUCUCAGAGGACAGCUGCAAGCAGUAUGAAGUGAUGUAUUCCCCGUCCUGCGAGGCCACCAGGAACGGCACAGGAGCUGACGAAGCCUCGGCGAACGGGAUUGUCCUGGCGACCGAAGACCUGGGAUACCAAAUCUACGAAGUGUCUGGUGACGGCCCCUCCGCCGUGUCCACAGAGGACAUCAGGGAAUGCUUGAGGAAACAACUUGAAUUCUGCUUCUCCCGUGAGAAUCUUUCCAAGGAUCUCUACUUGAUGUCCCAGAUGGACAGCGAUCAGUUUGUUCCAAUAUGGACAAUUGCCAACAUGGAAGGGAUUAAGAAGCUGACAACGGACAUGGACCUUAUUCUUGAAGUUUUGAGGUCUUCUCCUAUGGUACAAGUGGAUGAGAGAGGGGAGAAAGUCAGACCAAACCACAAGCGGUGCAUUAUCAUUCUCCGUGAGAUCCCUGAGACAACACCCAUAGAGGAGGUGAAGGCCCUGUUUAAGAACGAGAACUGCCCCAAGGUGAUCAGCUGUGAGUUUGCCCACAACAACAACUGGUACGUCACAUUCCAGUCCGACACCGACGCGCAGCAGGCGUUUAAAUACCUAAGGGAAGAAGUGAAAACCUUUCAGGGCAAGCCAGUAAUGGCCAGGAUCAAAGCCAUCAACACGUUCUUCGCCAAGAACGGUUACCGGGUGGUGGACUCCAGCGUGUACCCCCAGCCCGUGCAGACCCAGGCCCAGUUUGCCUCCCCACUGUUCAUGCAGCCUGUAUAUAGCCCUCAGCAGUACUCCAUCUACAGCAUCGUGCCUCAGACCUGGUCUCCAAAUCCUGCACCUUACUUUGAGACACCACUGGCCCCCUUUCCCAAUGGUGGAUUUGUGAAUGGCUUUAACACACCAGGAUCAUAUAAAACAAAUGCUGCUUCCCUGAGUAUAGGUCGCCCAUUCCAUAGGAAUCGGGUGAAGCCCCAUUUCCGCUCCUCCAGCAGCUCGGAGCACGCGGAGGGGCCGCCCGCCCUCGGGGCCGUGCCCGGGGGGGACCCGGGCAGAGCCAGCUCCAGGAAUUUCGUGAUGGAGCGACACAGCAGCCCCUUAGCUGGGCACCAAGACCAAGGCUACUCCCAGAAGGAUUCUCCCACGGCACAGCUGGAGCAGAACGGGGAUUACGGCGUCGGCAGGGGCAGGAGGAACGUGUUCCGAGGCCGGAGGAGACGGGAUGACGACCGGGUUUCAAGACCUCAGCCUUCAGCAGAAACAAAGACUCAGACACCAAAGUUUGACUUGCUUGCAUCAAAUUUCCCACCUUUGCCUGGCAGCACAGCAAAAAUCCCGGGAGAGCCUGUGCUGGAGAGCAGGAUGUCCGACAUCAAGCGAUCUCGCAAAUGCUGGAGGAUUCCAAUCACUAUAAAUAUAGAGAUUAUAAUUUUUGUAUUUUUUUUUUUUGUUUGUUUUUAAUUUGCAGAGGGUUUCCUGCUUGAAAAAUCGGUUUGGGGGCUUUGUGAAAGUAGCGUUUUGACCGAGCGAAAGGAUCUGACUUGACGAAUUAACCUGUCCCUCGGCGUAGGAGGA